AUGGACGAAAAGACCAAAGACGUCACCGCCCACACGCACUCGGACCCCGCGCUCGAUCGCGAGCUCGAAGCCCUCAACGCGCUGCACCGCGCCCUCAAGCAGCCCGGCAUCACCGACGGCGUGCCCCCGCCGCCCGUGCCCGUCCACCCGCAGCGCACGGCAAUGAUCGAGAAGAUGCGCAACACCGGCAACGCCGCCUUCCGCAAGCAGGACUACAAGGGCGCCAUCGACAUGUACUCGCACGCCAUCCUCAUGGCGCUCACCCGCCCCGGCUGGGAGCCUGCUCCGUUGCUCCGCGAUGAGCUCCAGCAGCUGUAUUCGAACCGCGCGCAGGCGUAUAUUGGGAUGAGCAGCUGGCCAGAGGGAUUGGCGGAUGCGUGCUGCAGUAUUGAUUUCAAGAAGGCCGGGAAUCAGAAGGCGCAUUGGAGGAAGUGUAAGUGUCUGAAGGAGAUGGGCAGGCUGGAGGAGGCGAGGGAUGGGUUGGAGUAUGGGUUGGAGUUUGGGAGCGACCCCGAGUUGAGUAAUAUGUUGAAGGAGGUGAGGGAGAUGCUGGAGAGGAGGAAGUAG